AUGGAUGAUAGACCUUUUCCUCCUGGCUGGACUAGUCAAUGGGAACCUAAUGCUGGAAGAUACAACAAAAGAACCACCAAACCACCAGUAAGUACUUGGGAAGACCCAAGACCUUCAUAUUAUGCAAAUCUUGAUUACCCAGCGCAAAUACCAACAGCUGUUACUUCCACAGAAUCAAAACACGAUCAUAAACCUACCGGUUCAUCUUAUCCUGCACAAGGCAAAUCAAAGAAGCUUGGUGGAUUGGCUUUAGGUGGAUUAGGUGGUAUUUGGGAAAAGCCAUACACAAGGGAUUUGGUUUUAAGGGAAUGGGAAUGGGUGGUGGCUUUAAGGGAGGUUUUAAAGGAGGUUGGAAAUGAAGUUUUAAAAGUUGAAAUUAAUAAUUAA